ACACUAGCUGUCAUAAACUAUAAUGCUACAUACUUUGCCACUCAAAAUAUUUUUAAUUCAUUGAGUAAACUUGACAAAGAGUAUGAUGUUCCAGUUCAAACUAGUCAGUCAAAUGUUUUAAGAGAACUUGAUAUACUCUUAAAUAAUUUAAAAUUAAAGAUCAAUGGUGAUAUUGAUUUAUUUGCUGCUACUAUUAAAGUAAUGGACCAAAAUGGACUUAUGCCACUUUAUGGUACUCCAUAUCUUGGAUCAACCAUAAACUUAUUAAAGACAUCAAAAAUAAUCAAGACAUAUAAUGCUUUUAAAGGAACCCAGCUUAAGCUAAUACUUAUGUUUGAAAAUAAACAAGAAGUCUUAUUUAAACCAAAAUGGUACCUAGAGUCUGAAGUUAUUGAAGGAAGUGUUUAUGCUGGUAAAGAUCGUUAUAAUGGUGAAAUAAUUGCAUUUUAUAUUUCUCUUAUUCUUGGAUUUCCACGUGUUCCAAUUGUGGUGAAAAGAAUCUUAGAUUCAACAGAAUUACACAAAACAGCAAAUAUUGGAUUAAAAAAA